AUGCAACGGACUUUGCUUGAUGGAAAUGAAUGUGGCAGUGAAGCAGACCUUUAUGGAUUGGUGUCAAACAUUCUGGAAGAACCAGAUAAAACAGAAACCUUCUUUGCUGAAGGGAGUGCUUCCUCCAAUUUAAAAUCGAUAUGGUCAUCAAACUCAAAGAGGGAGAUCCAGGAAAGCCACCAGAGUGUCUCCUAUGUGGAUAUGCUGCAGAGCAGACUGCCCAGUACACUGAAAGAAUCAGAGAGGUCUGAUGUUCAUACAUAUAGAAAAGAUAGUGGGUUCAGCAGCACUGAUUUACUGCCUGAUCAGACAGCAGAUAUCGUCUCAUCCCGUUUUCUGCCAAACAAGAUUGAUGAUGAGUGCAGUGGUCCUUACUCUGAAUUCUCUCAGUACAGUAGAGUCAAACAAAAUAAAUUCAUGCCAUUUUCAUUGCAAGAAGGGAAGAGAAUGGCCAACAAGCCUGCAGUACCAACUAUUGAACUGGAUUAUUUCAGUAAGGGUUCCCAAGCAAAGCAGACAGGACCGAAACAAUUUGAAGACCAGAUUUCAGACCAACAGAACUUUAAAUAUCCCAAACCUUUUGCUGCUGACACUGAAGAAAUGCAGUUUAAAAAAGAGACGAUGUUGGGCAAUGACUUUGGAUUGAAAAGCACACCUGAUUGUGGAUUCAAGACACAAACACUAGGUAAUGAUUAUGGUAAGAAAGAGUUAUCAGAAUGUAAUCCACAGCAGGCUGAGUAUUUCAAGCCACCAAGUACUCUGUCUGGUUCAGUGUACACAGGUGGUUCCUUCCAAAACAGACAAGCCUGGUCAAACAUCCAGAAAUAUAGUAAUGUCACAACAUAUCAGAACCAAGGCAGCCAGUGUCAGAAUCAAGGAAACCAGCCAACGCCAAACAGCCAGGUGCCCAGUCUUUCAAAAAUGCUGUCACAUUCCUUGUCAGAGUUUGUACCACAAGCUGCCCAGCAGUCUCCAAGGAGCAUCUCUUACUUUCCAGAGUACAGCCAGGAUGAGGCUUCCAAGUUUUAUGGCACUGAGUUCACCUACAAAAGCACCAGCCAGGGUCAGUCAGCUGCUAAUAUAGAAGGAAUUAGUAAAGCAAUUGGAGAAAGUGAGAUGGAAAUGCAGUCUGAUAAGAAAACAAAGCAGGGGAGUCUCCUCAGUGAGGGAAUGACGUCUCAGCGAUACAGUGCCUAUGACAUUACUGGGAAACAGAACCCACCGAGGAAGAACCCAGACGAGGGAGAGAAUAGACAGGGCUUGGUGAAGAACCCCUAUCUUGAUUUUCUAGGUUAUUACAGCCCUCAAAGGCAAGCUGGUGGAGACAACAACUUAAAUAGCCAUGGAAAAAAGAAUCAAAAUUUGUACUUACCUUAUCUGUAUGCAACAGCUGACACCAGGCAAAACACCAGCCACCUGCAACUUGGCUCAGGGAGUUUUCCCUCGAGGUCCAACCAUCCUUACGGCAAUUCUGUUACACCUAUGAAUCUGAGUGAGCUGCUUCCAGUUGAUGAGUUCAAUCACUUUUACCCCUAUUUUAAUGACUUUCUUUGUGGGGAUAUACCUUUUCUCGGCAUUGCUCCACCUGUUAGAUUCCCCAGACUGCUAAAGAACCGCAGUGGGCCUGCAAAUGAACUUCAUGUUCGGCUGGAGGAGUGUUAUGAACAGUGGAGAGCAUUAGAAAAGGAAAGAAAAAAGACCGAGUGUAUUCUGGCAAAAAGUCAUCCUGGAAAACGAGUGUCAAGUGCCAACAACAGUUCCGCUCCGAGGCUCCCCUCUAACCCUUCACGGGUCGAUCGACUGAUUGUGGAUCAGCUACGGGAACAAGCCAGGGUUGUGGCUCUGCUGGGAAAAAUGGAGCGUCUGCGCAGCUUCCCUCUCCAUGCCAACAUCUCUACAGCGCUGGAUAGACACCUGGAAGCCAUUUACAUCACACAGGCACGGAGAAAAGAUGAAAUUAUCAACACAUCCAAUCGUCAGCGACAAGGAACACCUCGGUGUCAGGAAGACAGAGAUGUGCUAGGGCUGGCGGCAGCAAUAAAGGACAUGAGUGCAGCUACAAGGAAAUCCCGCACCGCACUCUGGUGUGCGCUGCAGAUGACACUGCCAAAAAAUGUGACAGGCAAUUUCUGGAUCCAGUCUUGA